GUUUCCGUUACGAGAUUGAUGACAUCAACAAACUCGAAUCGGCAAAUCGUUCAUCUUCCAUUUGGUUCGUCGUACGAAUUGGGUGUGAUUGUGAGUUAUUUAGCUCCUAGUAUAUUUCUUGAAAUCCUUGCUAAUAUAUUUGGUAAAACUAUCAGUUAAAUAGUUUUGACGUGAUUAUUGUUACCAGUUGAAUCAGGUUCAAAUUAUCAUGGCUAAUAGAAGAAUGGGCGGACCAAGCGGUGGCCUUCGAGGCAAUCGUUCUUUUAAUCAACCAUUUCAAGGAGGUAGUGUUAGCCCCUGGCAAGGGGCCAAUAGCGGUAAUCAGGGAUUGAUUUCCCAAAUUACUUCCAAUCCCCAGCAACUUGCUCUUGCUCUCAGUAGCUUACUACAACCUCAACAACAGAAUCCACCAUCAUUACUUUCUUUGAACACGUCUGGUUUUUCUGGUCGGGAUAGAGAUUUCGGUCAAUUUGGUAGAGGCCGUGAUUUCAGGCGACACGAGCCUUACAGUAAGAAUCGCCAAGGUGGUUUCAACAGAAAUAGAAAGGGUCAAAACCAGAAAAAGAAGGAUGAUAUUAAGAAAGAAGAAGUAUCUGGGGAUGAAGCCAAUGAAGAGGGAGAAACCAAAAGAGACUGGAAGGAUGAGAAGAACAACAGUGAAGAUAAAAAAGAAGAGACUGAAGAAGAAGCUAAGCUGAGAAAGGAAAAAGAAGAGAAAGAAGGGCCUUAUUAUGACAUUCCUGUGAAAUUAUUGAGCUGUUUUGUUUGCAACAAAGAAAUGUGGGAUGGCGAAUCCAUGAAGAAACAUGUUAAGGGUCGUGCUCAUAGACAAAUGUUGGAUAGUUUAGAAGAAAGCAUCCAUAUCACUGUAAACAUCCUUAGGGAAAAUAUGCGUCUUCUUGAAGAGAAAAAACUUAUCGAAUUAAACCGUGUUCAGCGUGUUACUAAGAGAUUCAAUAAACCUGAACCUGAAAGUCAUUGCAACAUGUGUGAUCUCAAAUUUUUGGGAAAAAUAAUUGCCCAUCGAAAAACUGAGGGUCAUCAACGUCUAAAACACUAUUUGCAUCCAAACUGCCGUCUAUGCUCCAAGGAAUUUCCUUCAAGAAUGGAAUGGAUUGAACAUCGUUUGUCUCCAGACCAUCUUAGAAAAUUAGCCAAAAAUUUGGCUGAAAAAGCUGGUGGUGCAGAUGGUAGUGAUAUUAUUGAAGAUGAAGAGGAAGAAGCCAAUGAUUUGCCAUUGGAGCCUCUUCUUGAAGAACCAUUAGAAAUGGAAGCUGAAAAUCCAAUUUUGGAAUUCACUGACAAUUUAUCUGGAUUACAAAAUCUGAUGCCUGUAUAUAAAGCAGAUAGAGCAGUUGCCACUGAAAGCUUGCAACAAUUCUGUGGUUUCGUAUGUGAAUUGUGUCACAGAAGUUUUACUAAUGAAGAUUUAGCUCAGAAACAUUUGAAAACUAGACGACAUCAUGCAAAAUUCGUCGAGGCUCUUAAACUCAAAUUCAAAGAGCAGCAAAAGAGGGAAAAAGAAGCUAAAGAAGCAGAGAUUAAGAAAGAAGCCGAGAAGAAUGGACAAGAAGGCGAUUUAUACGAUCCAGAUGAACCCACACAAGAAACGCAAGAAGAUACUACUAUGGAAGGUGACUCAACAAUGGAACUAUCUCAAGAUGAGGCUGCCCCUGCUGAAAAUUGUGCGGAGGCUAUGGAAGCUGAAGAGGAAGAAGUAGCUGCUGCACCUCCGGCUCCAAAAGAAUCUCCAAAAGUUGUUGCUGCUACUCCAGUAAAAGGAAGGGCAGCCGCAGCAACGCCUGCAGCCUCUGCUACAGCAGGAGCUGUUAAAAAUGGAGCUGGUCCAAAAAGCAAGAAAACUCGUAAAUAAAUUCUGAAUCUUGGUCAUUACACUUUAGUUUUUAAGUAACCUUUUUAUUAA